AUGGCUGCUGCUAGGACUCUUCGCAUAGGUCUCAUCCCCGGUGACGGUAUCGGACGGGAGGUCAUUCCGGCCGGUAAACGGAUCCUGGAAUCUCUCCCUUCCUCGCUAAACCUGAAGUUCAACUUCGUCGACCUCGAGGCGGGCUACGACUGCUUCAAGAAGAACGGUACCGCCCUGCCCGACAAGACCGUUGAGAUCCUGAAGAAGGAAUGUGACGGUGCUCUCUUCGGAGCUGUCAGCUCGCCAUCCACCAAGGUCGCUGGCUACUCUUCCCCCAUCGUCGCCCUCCGCAAGAAGCUCGACCUCUUCGCCAAUGUACGCCCCGUUAAGACUACACUCGGCAGCAGCGCCGGUAACCCUAUCGACCUCGUCAUUGUCCGCGAGAACACGGAGGAUCUCUACGUGAAGGAAGAGAGCACCGAGCAGACCCCCAAUGGCAAGGUCGCCAGGGCCAUCAAGCAGAUCUCCGAGCGCGCCUCGUCCCGCAUCGCUACCAUUGCCGGUGAAAUUGCCCUUCGCCGACAGAAGAUCCGCGAUGCCACCCCUGCCUCCGGUCUCCGCACCGAGCCCAUGGUCACCAUCACUCACAAGUCUAACGUCCUCUCCCAGACCGACGGUCUCUUCCGCGAGGCCGCCCGCACUGCCCUCGCCGCCCAACAGUUUUCCUCCGUCCAGGUCGAGGAGCAGAUCGUCGACUCCAUGGUCUACAAGCUCUUCCGCCAGCCCGAGUACUACGAUGUGAUUGUUGCCCCUAACCUCUACGGAGACAUCCUGUCUGAUGGUGCCGCCGCUCUCGUCGGCAGCUUGGGUCUCGUUCCCAGCGCCAACGUUAGUGACGGUUUUGCCAUCGGUGAGCCCUGCCACGGUAGCGCCCCCGACAUUGAGGGCAAGAACAUUGCCAACCCCAUUGCUACUCUGCGCAGUGUUGCCCUGAUGCUCGAGUUCUUGGGCGAGGAGAACGCCGCGGCUAAGAUCUACGCCGCUGUCGACGGCAACCUGGAUGAGGGCAAGUACCUGUCCCCGGACAUGGGCGGAAAGGCCACCACUACCGAGGUUCUGGAUGAUGUGCUCAAGAGACUGUAA